AUGGCUUUGCCGCCGUUGUCGCGAGAUGUGCACUCGGCAGAGACCCUGGUGUCUGGGCUCUCAUUUCUGAUGCGCCAAGCAUCGGCCGGUGAUGUGACUGGCUUGGAGCUCAUGGAGCUUCAGAAAGCCCUGGAUGUGUCCCGAGCUACGCCUGUGAAGCCUGAGCCAGCCGAUGGCCGGCAUGGUGCUCUUGUUCCCGUGAAAACGGAAGCUGCUGACCACUGUGUGCUGGCGCCAACCACACCGACCCCUGCACUGAAGCAGCAGAUGGAGGUUAUGAAAUCCGUCAUCAUGAAGCAGCAAGCAGCUCUGGAGGAACCCAAGAAGUUGCCAAAGCCUUCCAGUCCGGGCAAAUCCUCCCCGAGUUCUACGCCUGCACCCGGUGCCGAGAAAGGUGCAGCGUCGCGCGGCGCGAAGAGGGCUCGGUCGCCUGAGUCAAAGGAUUCAGACGACGAGGAGUAUGAAUACCCCAAGGUGUUGACCGCUGCCGCGUUGGACCGAAACGAGAAACUCAAGGUCAGGAGAAUUUGCACACCGAAGCCGUGCAGCGGACAUCUUGAAGUUCCCGAGAAUAUCUUCGAGAUGUUUAACGAUGCCGCAAAAGGUCGUACAACCCUGUACCAAAUGUGGGCCAAAAGUGGAGGUGUCAAGGCCGUGUUCAUGGAGUCCGUGACAGUCUUGUGUGUGACAACUCGAAAGAAGAAGCUCACCGUGAAGGGCGGUUUCUACUCUCGGGAAGACAUGAAAACCGAGCUUGGCUACUCAGCGGCUCGGAUCGAGAAGAUCGUCAAAUGGGCCGAGAGCAAGGGCUUGAUUCGGCAGCCUGGCAGGCAGUGCGAAUACGAUGAGGAUGUCCUGGAGUAUUGGGUCAACAUCAGGACGGAAGGAACCUUGUCCAAGGAAGACAUGGAGAGCUUGACCCACGAGAAGAAGUAUGAGGGCACCGGGGGAGACGAGUUGAACUUCACACCACGGGUUCAGCUCGACGGCUUUGACUUCGGUGCCGACGAUCCUAUGGUUCAUCGUGGGGAACCAUCUAAGGUUUCUGCCGUGCUGACUGAGCAUCUCAACGCUACGUUGAAAGCAAAGAACAGCCUUGGAAGCUUUCUCGACAAGAUGAAAGCGGUAGCUGCGGGUGACAAAGACUGUGAUGCGACCAUCCGCAAACUCCAGGAUAUGCGCACGCAGUUUGAGUCGGUGUACGAAGAGAUGGCUGAUAUCAAGGCUGAAGGCCAGAUCAAUGGCUUUUCGGAGAUGACCAGCGAGUGUCACGAGCUCUUCAAGAAGGCUACAAAGCUGCAGCAGCUGAGCAAGAUGCGCAAGAAGGUAGCUUCUGCGUUUGAAAGUGCAUUUUGUGCGCUUAGAUCGAUGGAGUUCGUUAUCGGACUCGUGUUCGCUGCCUUGUCAGAGGCUGUGCUGAGGCAGGUUUCUGGUCUCACCCUAGGUUCAGAAGUUGACGACUACAUCGGGGAGAAUGUCUAUGCCCUCGUGAGAAAGUACGGCAAAGGCGUCUGGGCCCCACAGACCGGACGUGAGUAUGGAAUCCUAGCUAGGGCACCGUGCCCAUUUCAAUGUCCAGCCCAAACGCAGGAGCAGGGCAAGCCAGACCUGGAUGUGCGGGUUAUCGCUGAAGAUUCAACUGCUGGGAGAAUCCUUUGGCACUGCCUGGAUACCGUGAGGGCUAUUCAAAAGGAGAAUGGUGGUCAGCAAUUGUGCGUCUUCAAGAUAGGGCUUACUGCCAACCCAACGAAACGGAGGGAUAGUUACCGUCAGCAGCACUUCAAAAAUUUCAUCAUCAUCCACCAGACCUAUCGCUCCGACUUUCUGGGUAUGUUGGAAAUGCUGCAAGCUGCUGUCAUUGCCGAGUUCUACGACAGUGGUUGCCGAUGCCGAAAUCGACAACUGGGCGGUGAAAGUAUGCGUGAUAGAAACCAAGUGCCUCGUUUCCCGCCUCCAUACUAUGCGUACUGUGUCCCGGCGAAAGACAUCGUCCUGGAUGCCAGGACCGCUUCGAAGACGGACUCCUGCCGCGUGUUAGCAAGCAUCGCGAGAGUGAAAGAGUCCAGCGCGGACGCUCCACUCUUCAAGAUCUUCCGGAAGUACGUGUUGGCACUGCCGGCUCCUAUCUCUCUUAAGAAGGUUGCGACCCUGGAACAGUAUCCGUACUUGGACCCAAAACCUUUUCUUGAAACUUUGAGCGGGAAUGGAUAUUUUCACAAAGUGCUUGGGGUGCCGGUCCAGUCAGCUGAAACAUGUCUGUUGUCGUUUUGGGAGAAAUUUCGAGCAGUGCAUCCCAACCACGGGAUUCUCUCGCAAUACCUUCCUCUGGGCCACCUAAUCCCGUACUACCUUCAUGGAGACGGUGGUCGCGGUUACAAAAAAGAUCCGAUCGAAAUCUUGUCAAUGUUCCCUGCCCUUGGAGCAGGAUCCAGAUCCAACCGUGUAGAUUUGAGUGGCAAGCGCAAGGCUGAUGACCUGACUCUGGGCAUCAAUCUCCGGGGGAACUCCGGCACAACAAGGUUUCUGUUCGCAGUUCUCAGCAGCCUUGUCUACAAGCGCCAUCCAGGUGCUCUCGAUGCGCUUUUGGAUUUGUGGGGUCAGAAGCUGCAAAGCCUUUUGAGCGACGGAUUUCAGGCCAUGGGGACUACGUGGUAUAUUGCCGUUAUUGGCUUCACUGGUGAUUCUCCGUUUGUCAAGAAAAUCGGGCACAUGACCCGAAGUUUUCACAACGUCCGCAAGCGAGCUGCGUCUAGGACUAAGACUGAUCAAAUUGGCUGCUGCUGGCUGUGCAUGGCAGGAACGGAGACAGCAACCGAGAACUACCCCUUCGAACACAUCGGAUUCUUCGAGCCGCUUUGGUUACAGACACGAAGACAAAACAAUCAAGUGCCCUGGCAGGGCAAUGGUGGCCCAUUGCUGCCGUACAUGCAACUGGAUCCUGACGAUACUCCGUCAGCCUGGUUCAAAGCCGAUCUGUUCCAUGUGUUUCAUGCCGGCGUCGGACAAGAUUUUACUGCUUCUGCAAUCACCUACAGCAUGCGGAUUCUGUUCAAUCUCGGUGGCUUCGACCGAGACCUCGCAGCCUUGAAUCAGCUCCUUGCGACCUUCAUGACAUCACAGAAGAAACGCUUGCACUGUGGGUUUUUGACGAAAGAUCUGCUAGGUUACAGCUCCACUCGGGAGUUUCCUGAGGGCAAAUGGUCCAAGAACAGUGAUACUGCCGUGGUGAUGCAGUUCUUGGUGUUUUUUUUGCAGCAGGAAGGCUUUGCGGGCAAAGUGAGAAGCGAUCCAAUCUUGGAUGAAAUCUUGCAGGCGGCUCUUGCGAUGGGGCAAGCGAUUCGCAAAUCUUUCAAAGCCGAUUACUGGAUGUCGUCGGACGAUUGCAUCGAAAUCAUCAAGUCGCUCGGUAUUGGCAGGAUUUUGUGA